GCCACCACUGCGCUAAAUCUCUCUCUUUCGCUUGCUCGUGUGCUCCAUUUCUCCCUCCCUCUCUCUCUAAGCUUCAAUUCAGCAAUGGCGGAGAGCGGUUCAGCCUCCGUGAUAACUCUCGGUGGCAAAGGCGCAAUCCUCACCUCCUCCUCCGUCUACUCCGUCUCCAACUCCCUCGCUCACGUGCGCCUCGACUCCUCGGCCCUCGAUCGUCUCUCUUCCUCGCCGCCCAAUCAGAACCCGCCACCUGUCACUAACUACCAAAUCCUCUUUCACCAAAGCCUAACUCCAGAAGAGUCCCGCGCUUCCCUCAUUGUCCUCCUCAACAAGCUCCUUUCAGUUCAGUCCGGUUCGGGUGUCCGUACGGUUCUUCCGGUUCAUAUUUCGGAGACGCUAAAUUCUGGAGGUGCUAAAAUUGGGCGUGAACCGGUUGAGGUGAGUGAAGAUGAGCGCGCUUUGUUGGAGAAAUUGAGUUUGCCUUGUGCAUUGUGUGGUGUUUGUGCGGUUUUGGAUUACAAAUCGACGGCUUUGUCUACGAUUAUUGAUGCGGUGGCAGCUUUGUCGUGUGAGGCCUCUGGCGCUGACGUGGCGGCUUUUAAUUCGAUUGAUUCGGGAGAUGGGUUCACCGCGAAGGAGGAGAUUGCGGUUGCUGGGGACUUGAAAGUGUUGCUUAAUGGAUCUAAGUUAGUGGGGAAAGUAAAGACUGAAGAGGUUUUGGAAACUCCGAAAAUUAAUGGGAAGUUAAGAGAAGUAGUUAAAUUAGUGCAUUCGAGCACGAGGAUUGAGUUGAAUUCGGGUGUGAGAGUGGGGAUUAGUGGGACCGCGAAGGCCUUGGGGGCCAAUGUAAUGGCAUUGGUAUCUGCAGUUAAGAAUGUGGGUGAAAGUAGUUUGUUUCGUGCGAAAAUGAGUUUGAGUAAGGUUGUUGGUGAUGAAUUGAGGAGUUUGUUUGAGAAGGAUGUUUUGACUGGGGAUAGUUUGAGGAGUGUGUAUAAGUUGGUUUUGGUUGCACAUUUGGAGGAGGAUAAUGUGAAGUUUGUUCAUGAGGCGAAUGUGUUGUUGGGGCUUGCGUUGAAGAUUGUGGCAUGGGAGGCGGUGAUUGCAUUUGCUGUGCUUGAAGGUGGGGAGUUGCUGGGUGAGAAGGUGAAUGGAGGAGAUGCGGGAGGGGAUAAAAAGAGUGAGAAGAAGAAGAAGAAGAAGGUGGUUUUUGGUAAGGGAACUGGGGUGAUUGUGCAAUUGAUUAAGGAUAGGUUACAGAGUAAGGGUUUGGGGGUUUUGGAGAAAUGGGUUGAGGAUCUUUUUUCAUUUUUGGAUCCAAAGGACCCAGAUUUUGAUGGUUUGCUGACAAAGGUUAAAGAGAUUGUAGAGAGCAAUGAAAGCAGAAGGCUUCCCAAGCUUCCUAAGGGUACGCGCGACUUUGCAAAAGAACAAAUGGCGAUAAGAGAAAAAGCAUUUUCAAUUAUUACUGAAGUUUUCAAGAGGCAUGGUGCCACUGCCUUAGAUACUCCUGUUUUUGAAUUGAGAGAGACCCUAACAGGAAAAUAUGGAGAGGAUUCGAAGUUGAUUUAUGAUCUUGCUGACCAGGGUGGUGAGCUUUGCUCUCUGCGAUAUGACUUGACUGUUCCAUUUGCUCGUUAUGUGGCUAUGAAUGGUCUUACUUCCUUGAAAAGGCAUCAAAUAGCUAAGGUGUAUAGAAGAGAUAACCCAUCUAAAGGAAGAUUUCGUGAAUUUUAUCAAUGUGACUUUGAUAUUGCUGGCCAAUAUGAAAGGAUGGGGCCAGAUUUUGAAGUCAUUAAAAUUUUGACAGAACUGCUUGAUGAACUAGCUAUUGGAGAUUAUGAGAUAAAGUUGAAUCAUAGAAUGUUACUAGAUGGAAUGUUGGAAAUAUGUGGAGUGCCUCCUGAAAAAUUCAGAACUAUAUGUUCAAGUAUUGACAAGCUAGACAAGCAAACUUUUGAGCAGAUUAAAAAUGAAAUGGUUGAGGAAAAGGGCUUAACUGUUGAGACAGCAGAUAAGAUUGGAAAUUUUGUGAAGGAAAGAGGAUCCCCUUUGGUAUUGUUGUCAAAGCUUAAACAGGAAGGAAGCAAGUUUUUGGAAAACAAUUCAUCAAAAGUUGCAUUGGAUGACCUUGAAAUUUUAUUUCAAGCUCUAGAAAAGUCUAAGUGUGUUGACAAAGUUGUUUUUGAUUUGAGUCUUGCGAGGGGUCUUGAUUAUUAUACUGGAGUGAUUUAUGAAGCUGUUUUCAAAGGGGAGACACAGGUUGGUUCAAUUGCUGCUGGUGGACGUUAUGACAACCUUAUUGGAAUGUUUGGUACAAAGCAGGUUCCAGCAGUUGGUGUCAGUCUUGGAAUUGAGCGAGUGUUUACUAUAAUGGAGCAGCUACAAAAAGAAAGGAACCAGACAAUCCGAGCCAGCGAGACACAAGUACUGGUGGCCUUGCUUGGAGAUAAGCUACCUCAAGCGGCAGAGCUAGUUAGUGAGCUGUGGAAUGCUAAGGUGAAAGCAGAGUUCAUGGUCCACAAGAAAGUGAUGAAGCUCAUAGAUCGCGCCAGGGAGUCAAAAAUCCCUUGGAUGGUAAUUGUCGGUGAGCGGGAGCUGAACGAAGGAAUUGUAAAGUUAAAGAACAUCGAUACCACUGUAGAGGAGACCGUCCCCAGAAGUAAAUUUGUCGAGGAACUUCAAAGACGGUUGAACCAAUGAAAAUACUAUUAAGUUGAGGUAUAAAUUUACAACCAUGUUCCAUUUCAACUCAUGCCAAUCUGCUGUGUUAUUCAAUGCCCGUUUUAUCGAAAAAUUUCUCAGUUUAUUAGCUGUAUGGGAAAAUCUGAGGUAUGCAUCUUAAUAUAUCGUAAACUGAUAGAUAUUGAAAUUUUGUUUUCAUAAAUAUUUUCUGGAAUUUUAUCUUAUUAUUUUAGUUUUGGGAGUUGAGAAUUUAUGUUUAACAAGU